GUGAUUGUAAAGUGCUGAUCGGUUGCCACUGGACAUAAUUGAACCAGAAUAGGAAGAUGGCAGCAAAUCCUUCAGGACAAGGUUUUCAAAACAAAAAUAGAGUUGCAAUCUUGGCAGAACUGGACAAAGACAAAGAGAAAAGAAAAUUAUUUGUGCAGAACCAAUGUUCAACGAAUCAUCCUGGAGCUGGCACUGCACUCUCCAGAUCUUCUCUGAAUAAGGACUUCCGGGAUCAUGCCAAGCAGCAGCACAUUGCAGACCAGCAGAAGGCAGCUUUGCAGCACGCUGAUGCACAUUCAUCUGGAUACUUCCUAACUCAAGACUCUGCAUUUGGGAAUCUUAUUCUUCCUGCUUUACCUAGGUUUGACCCAGAAUGA